AUGAUGUUCCUGUGCAUGAUUCUCCUUGCCUACAUCAGUCUACACCUGCUGUCCGUAAAGCAUGGCAAUGGGCGUGCCCUCGGGUAUCUGGAGCGAUCCAACGAGUGGACCGAUAUGUUCUUCCUCUACUUUUCCGGUCUCAUGCAGAGAGCCACCUCUCAUCGCGAAGGCUGCAACAAGAGCGCCCCGUUCCGUGGCCUGCUGUGGCUGUGGCUGGUGUGCAGCUUCUUCGUGAUGAACUUCUUCACGGCCAACAUGAGCGCUAGCCUGAUGGUGAAGACCGAGGCGCCGCGCAUACGCACCGUCGAAGACGUGCUCCGGGUGCCUGACAAACGCGUCCUACUCUUCGCAGACAGCGGGUUCACUGAUUUAUUCAUGUACUCGGAGCUGGAGUCCUAUCGCGACCUGUACAGCCAGAUCAGGCGCACAGGCGGCGAGAUACACCCCACCAAGGUGUUCGCCGAGAACAACAUGCGGCAAGUGCUGAAGCAAAACGCGGUGAUCCUGCAAGAGAAGCUGACGCUCGACGACCAGGUGGGCCGCCAAUGUCGGCGUCUCGUCGGCCAUGGAUACUUCUACUUCAGCGAACAGUCCCUGUCCACGCUUCCCAUCAGCUGGUACGCUAGAGCCGACCUCGACCCGUUGAUCAGGGAUGAACUCUACACAAGGCUCAUGUGGUAUGUGGACACCGGACUCCUGGCCAAGUUACGUGAGGAGACCUCCCCGCUGGGGGAAGAGUGCCUGCUGCGCAUGAGCGACAAAUCGGACCUCGAGCACCGCACUCUGCUUCUCGACGACCUCCAGCCGAUGUUCCUGCUGGCCCUGCUGCUGCUGCUGCUUGCCACCGUGGUGUUCCUGGCAGAGCUGCUAAUCGCGGCCAUUAGCAAAAGACGCCAGGGACUCCCGCGUCACCGCCUAUUUGUAGACGGCCGCCGCGUGCUCCAGGAUCGGCGUGCUCGUUAACAACCGGUAUUCAAACGCGAGCUUGCAAACUCGCCGACUGACAGCGAAGCUCGUGGCUAACAAUGAUAAUGCUACAUGUUUCAAAACACCGUGAGGUCAAGAGAUCGCGGUGAACACCUUUUUUCUGCCACCAAGCACGUACAUCGUGUACAUUCAUGCAGUAUGUUUUUGCCUUGAUUGGAGCUAAGCACGCAACGCAUUGUGUCAGAGCAGUACUAUCGUGCUCAGUGCGAGCUACAACGCGGAA